AUGCUUGCAAGCGAUGUCACGCAUGGGCCGGCCAGCUCCAACAUUCCUGCAGAAGUCCAGCGAAGGGCCGAGGAUAUAAGCACCACCCUCAUACUGGUGCCAGACAAAGACAGGAUGUCUUCCUACCGCCGUCAGUUCGAUAGCGCCCUCACAGCGCCUCGUGCCUACCAACUCCGGAUGCGCAGCGCGUCUCCAACCGGUCAGGAGAUCCGACGGUCUGCUAGCCCCAUUCGGAGUGGGCGGAAAGGUCUAACUCACUUUUGAAGGAAAUACCGUAAUCGUUAUCAGAAAUCCAUUUGGAAGCAUUUGUGUAACGUGUGUCUUAUGGGCAGUGCCAACGUGGGGACGUCCACGGGCCUGGGACCAAACCUGGACAUGGAAGCGGCUUCGACCGAGAACCAGGCUUUUAUGACGACCUGGACCGCCGAGAGGCGGGAGAUGGUGGCCCUCGAUGACCGUCUGGCAGUGUCCAUCGAUAAGGUCCGUACACUAGAGUCCAAAAAGAAGAUUCUGGAGGCUGAAAUUGAGGCCCUGAAGAGCCGACAUGUUCCCCCUUCGGGCCUCAGGCAGCUGUACGAACGCCAGCCGAGGGACCUCAACCGGGCCGCCGAUCAAAUCAGUCAUCUCAUCUAAUUGGGUGCUCGCUGUGACUCGACUUUGGCUCCCAAGGAGGCCAUGUUGGGCCAGCUGGACCCGCUGAGGACCAAAUACGAAGGGACGGUGGACCGUGCUAGGAAAAAGGCAGAAAGCGAGAUUACCAACCUCCGCCCGAAACUCGACGAGCUGUUGCAAAAGAUCUACUGGACCACCGCCAAGAUCAACCUCUUUGGAGUCCCGGACCUCUCGUCGGCUCUCAGGCAGAUCCAGUCUCAAUAAGAGUCGCUGCGGCCGGGUCUCGUCGGCCUUCUGCUUCAGGAAAUGGACACUCGGUACAAGCAGUUUCAGGAACUGAACCAUGCGUCCACCAAACGCGUCCGUGGCGUGCGGGGUUUGAGGGAGGAAAUAGCUUGUUAUAAGAAAGUUGUGAGUAUAGCAUAUUGCUGCUUUGCCUUAAAGGGGGGCGGGGGGGGGGGGGGGGGGGUCACUAUUAUGUCACAUCAAUAUUUACUCCACUGACUGGUCCACUCGGCCUUGGUUGAGUGCAUUGAAGCCCUCAAGCUGAAGCUGACCCAGGAGAAGACUGCUUCGCUUCUAUGGGAAUAUCAGGAUUUACUCAACGUCAAGAUGGCUUUGGAGAUUGAGAUUACCACAUACAGGUGA